GCCUCACUCUUCUAAUUUCGGUGGUCCUCUAUAGCAAGGCGGUGAACCGUGACGAGGAAGGCCCAGCGACACUGAGACAGGGUUUUACUUCGGAACACACUUUCGGCUAGAGGGAAUAUUUAUAGUACAGAAGAGUUUUGAAGCCACUCUACGAUGUCUGAAUUACUGGGACAUGUCCCAAACUUUCGGAAGCUUCGCGGGAAGCCGAAUGACGAUGGACUGGACCGGAUGAGUCACGUGGUCACGGUGGUCCUCCUGAUCAUCUUCACGGUGGCCAUCAGCUCGGGCCAGUUCUUCAAGGACCCGAUCGUCUGCUGGAAUCCCGCGGAAUUCAAGGACCACAUGGAGUCGUAUACGAAAUGGAACUGCUGGGUCAAGAAUACGUACUACGUCCCGAUGACUGAGGAAAUUCCCCUCAACAUCGACCAGCGCCAAUCCGCCGAGCUGACGUAUUAUCAAUGGGUGCCCAUUAUUUUACUCUUCAUGGCCUUCCUGUUUAAGUUACCCAACAUGGUUUGGAGAAUCUUCAACGGAGGGUCCGGCUUGAACAUGGACAAAUGCGUUUACUUCGCGGAGAAGGCCCAGUACGACUCCCCAGAAGACAGAGAUAAGUCUCUCUAUGCUCUCGCGAGAUUCAUGGACAAAUGGCUGGACACAAACAAAGAGUACAAAUGGAACGUGUUUGUCCGCACCAAGCACCAGGCCUCCCGAUUCCUCUGCUUCUUCUGCAACAAGCGAGCCGGGCGAUACCUUACAGCCAUGUACCUUUUUGUCAAAGUCUUAUACGUAGCGAACGCCAUCGGGCAGCUGUUCCUGCUGAACGCAUUCCUGUCCACGUCCUACAACUUUUAUGGAUUUGAAUUCAUGGAGAACAUGGCACAAAACGGACCUUGGCGAGAGAGUCCCAGGUUCCCGCGCGUCACGCUUUGUGACAUCCGCAUCCGUCAGCUCCAGAACCUGCAGCGCUUCACGGUCCAGUGCGUACUACCCAUCAACCUGUUCAACGAGAAAAUCUUCAUCUUCAUUUGGUUUUGGUUGGUCUUCAUUGCCUGUAUUGCUAGCUUCAACCUGGUAUACUGGACGUACCUUAUCAUGUUCACCAAAAACAAGGUGGACUACGCCAAGAAGUAUCUCAAAAUCAACGACGAACUACACACCAAUUUCGACAAGAAGCUGGCCGCCAAGUUCGCCGAGAGCUACCUGAGGGAUGAUGGCAUCUUCCUGCUGAGAAUCAUUGCCAGGAACUCCACAGAUAUGGUCGUUACAGACCUUGUCAAACACUUGUGGGCAAUCUUCAAAGACAAGCAAAACACAAAGAAGAACCGAGAACUAGAACCCGAAAUGGAUACCAUGCUCGACGAGGCCAAAGAGCCUCUCACGUGAUCCGUCGGGAGAGUGAAUCGAACUUUCCAAGCAUUUAUGUGAUGCCUCCAUGAUUGCCUUAUGGGGUUUCGUCAGCUGUAUUUAUAGGUCUUCCAGACUAGACGCUAUGCCGGCCAGUCUUUGAUGUCACCCGACGACCAGGUGCUUAACUAUGAUCCUUUGAGUAGUUGUCAUAUUUUGUGUUCCUUUUAAUUAUUGUAAUAUUAAAUUUCAUGACAUUUAAAUCACGUUAGGCAUUAUAAUUCUAGUCUCUUCUCACAAACAGUGAUCAGAUUAUGGUACGAUUUAAUUAGCGAUACCAACAAUGUAUUGAUUAUAGAUAAACAAGAUGUGAACCUGUGGUUGUGAGAAACUGAAAAUGUGUGUUUAUUUUGAUGUUUAAGCCUGUACUGUCAGUUAGGUUUGACAACAAAUCCCAUGUCUUCCCAUGUACUAUACAAAACAUUUAGCGGUCCCUAUAUUCUUAGCUGCCUUGUAGAUAUUACGCUUUGAACAAAGAUUUAAAAUAAUUUUAGUUUUCGCUUUUUCUGGUAGAGAAAUGGUUUUUUUCCGUGCGGUAUAAACAGACAUAAUUUUGUUCAUCCCUAUUCUUGUAGAAGGAAUGUGAUCUCAGUAUUUUGCAUUGAAGCAAUGUUUUCUUCCAUGUGCAUUGUCUGUAGACAACGACCAAGCUUCAUUGAUCUUUGUGUAUUCUGAAGCUAUGCGUAUCCAUGGCAUUAUUCAUCUAUCAGUUUGUAUUUGUUGAUUGUAAAAAAAAAAAGCAUUCCUUUUUAAAAGAAUAUCUAUGCAUAUUUUUGUAAUAAAUGUUUAUAUAUAUUGUUCAGCAAUGCGAGGUAAAAAUAAAUAAAAGUGAUGGAAACUGAAA